AUGAGCAAGGUUCAUAAUGACAAUUACUCGCUUUUCGAAGCUACACCUUCUGUUUCACACCCGAACCAGGUCCGAGGAUCCGUUGGGUCAAGAGUGGGCCCCAUCCAAACCGCAGGCUCGUUUGGCAAACACACAGGAGGUGGCACAGGUUCGGACAACCAGCUCUUCCAUACCAGUUCCAACACACCCCCUUACUGGAAUUUCCCGCUCACUUACAGUGUCGCUUUCGCUUUGCCGACUGAAAGAACAACAAAAACGUUGGGGGCGGGGGUUACUGGCAUUCUUGCAAUGUGGGAAAUGCUGGAUAGUGAAUUUGCAAUGCAUUGUGUUCUGUUCCCGCAAUUCCCUCAUACUCUGUCACUUCUUCAUGAUUUUCUUGAUUUGGCCUUGGUUGGUAUUCAGAAUAUGAGCUGGCUUAUUGACAUUGGAGGAUUUGCAAAGAAAGUGAAAAGCACUACUCUAUCUUCAGCUGAUCAAAUCAAGGAUUGUGGUGCAUAUCGAGAAUGUCCAAACUGUUACUAUCGUAUUGAUAACAGUGAUGUUUCUACUGAGUGGCCUGGCUUUCCUCUUGGUGUGAAGUUUGAUGCUUCUGAUGUAGAACUCUUAGAACAUUUAGCAGGAAAACUUGGUGUUGGAAACACACAGCCACAUGUGUUUAUCAAUGAGUUCAUCCCAACUCGGGAAGAAGACCAUGGUAUAUGCUACACGCAUCCGGAAAAUCUUCCAGGUGCUAAGAAAGAUGGGAGUUACGUCCAUUUCUUUCAUAAAACAAUCAAUGCUUAUGCUUCGGGUCAAAGAAAGCGUCGAAAGAUUCAUCAUCAACAGGGUUUGACUGAGGAGCAUGUGCGUUGGCACAAGACUGGUAGGACAAAAGCUAUAAUGGAAAAUGGAAUUUGCAAGGGCUAUAAGAAAAUCAUGGUUCUUUAUGUAAGAUCUAAGAGUGGGUCCAAACCCCAUAAAUCGAACUGGGUAAUGCAUCAGUACCAUCUAGGGUCUGAAGAAGAUGAAAAGGAAGGUGAAUAUGUGGUUUCCAAAAUUUUUUAUCAACAAAAAAAGCAGACUGAGGAAAAUGAGGACGAUCCAAUGCCUGAAGAUACUGACAAUAUAAUGUCAAGAACAGGUCCAAGGACUCCAAAACCAAAUUCCCCCAAUCCACCUCGUGCAGGAAAAUCUGUUGAUUGUGAUGAUUACAUUGAUGAAACUGUACAUCUGUCUUCUGCCCAGGAUGCCAAGACAAUCCCUGGAGAAUCACAUACCCCACUAUCUGAUAUUCAGGACCUAGACAAUUCUGCUUGGUUAGCUGGCGAAUCACAGGCUGAGGAACACACUGCAUAUGAUGGCUUGGACGACAUAUUAUUGUGCAAGGAGAUCUUAGACUCUUCUGCUCGGUUAAAUGAUUCUGAAUUGGACUCCACCAAUCUCUCUGACUUAGCAUUCUUUGAUAACCAAAUGGCUAGAAAUGAUAACGAAUCUUGCGGAAUUUCUGUCCUGGAUACACUGGAAUUGGAUACUCCUCCAGAUUUUGAUUUUUCUACAGUAUCCUUGAUUGGAUGGACUGGUUAUGAUGUUCUUUUGGAUACCAAAUCCAGAAGUAAGCUGAAUCUAGCAAGAGCUGGAAUUUUGGCCUUCAUGUGA